CAAAUCAAGAAAUCUUCUCCCCAGAAAUUCACCAUUUUCGUUUUCUUCUCCAGGAUGCCGAGUCCUUUCUCUCUUUUCCGCAAGAAAUCCACAACACGCACCUUCAAAGAUUUCUACGCAGAGUGGUUCGACACCUUGAAGAACAAUCUCCUUCCUCUGCUCCGUCAAUCGCUUUCUUCGCCGUUGCAUACCCUCAUCUCUUUCCGCAUCGACCUGCUCCUCCAACAUUUCCUCUCCUACUACGACUCCCUCGACCUUGCCGCCUCCAGUGAUGUCUCCUACCUCCUUUUCCCUUCUUCUUGGCGGAAUCCCCUCGAAAUCCCCUUCCUUUUUCUCGGGGAUCUUCACCCGUAUCUCUUCACCAAUCUCCUCCGAUCGUUCAUCGACGAAGCCAACAACCGGAGGGACGAGGAUGAUGGUGAAACCGAUGGAUUUCUCCCUUCGGGCCGUAAUCAAAUUGGGCAAAACCUCGAGUUUCUUGAUAAGCCGUGGCAGUUUCCGGUGGCUUGGAAGAACCCAUCUAAAAGCAUGAUAACAAGAAUCGAGCAGAUUGAAUGUGGGUUAAGGUUGAUGGUGCCCGGGUUGGUUUCAAGGGUUAGGAAGGCGCAGGCGGCCAUUAUGGGGAAGAUAGCGGAAGACUGCGUUUCUUGCGAGGGAAAGAAAAAGGAAAUCGAUGAAGCCGUAAAGGAGGAGAUGGAAGAGAUGGUGGCCGUAUUCCUGGAUGCCAAUAGGUUACGGAGGACCGUGAUUUCAGAGAUUAUCGACCCAACGAAUGUUUACCAGGGUGCUCUGUUUCUUGAAGCUCUAUCCCAAUUUCUUGUUGGGUUCAGGGACCCCAUAUUGCUCGCUGAAUUCGAACGUUGCAACAUGCCCAUCUUGAGGUUUUGCUGAUUUAUUUAUUCGUCCCCGCCAAAAUUUUUCUGCUCAAGGCUAUUUUCCAAAUUCAUGAUUCCUGCAAAUUGUUCAUCCUGGAUGAGGAAAAUUUGCGCUGUAAUUCUUCCCAUUCGAGCUGUGCUGAAUGCUGAAGUAGAAAUCUCUUUUUUUGUUCUUUUGAUCCAUAAGGAAAAGGGAGAUAACCAUUGUGUAUAUCAGUUUGUAUUGAGCCGUGUGAUGUGGAUUACGUGUCAUCACGUUAUUGGUUAGUCUGUAGUUCUCUAACACUUUGAAAAGUCUUCCCCCUUUCUCUGCUGUAAAUUCAUGUGUGGCAGUAAACCAGGAAACGCCGC